GACAAUUCUGGAGAACGAGCAGUUUUCGGCUAUGGAGUAAUCGAAUGUGGAAAAUGGGAGUAGAUGGGGAGUGAGGUGAUCAUCUGGCGCGCGGAUUAUUGUUAUAAAGAGCCCUUAUUCUGCGCAUAUCUGCCUACCUUCCCACAUGCUACUCACUUCGACCCUGGCGUUGAUGGGCUUUGAGAUGGCGGUGACAUUGUCCAGUUCCGCACGAUAUGUUCCUCCUGAAAUCCAUCGCUGUUCAAAAAAUAUUGUGGUUGGGGCGCACGGGAAGUAAUAGAGAGUAAGAAGGGCCUGUUUGAGGAGGAGAUUGUACCCGACCUUGCAAGACCGGUGUGCCAAUGGGUGAAUAUAAUGUGGCCAACCGAUCUACUGAACCGGUUCAAUUCUUUUCUGAGCCUCGCAUUUGAAGUCCUUUUCUGAAAUGAUGUCAGUGAAGGCGGGAACGACGGGAGUAACUGUUAGAAGUGAGUCUCAGGUUGAUAGGUUGGAUGAUGGUCGCUCGGUCCCCGUCCCGGAGAUAUCAAUCCUUGGCUGUCUGAGCCAACACCCGGCUGUUUGGCCAGGCAGAGGAAUUAUCCAUAUCGGACCAUUGAAUUGAAUAGCACGAGAGUACAUGGUCUCUACUGCAUGGUGGAGCAGCGAAGCGAUGCACCUGUGGGAACUGUUGCUGCCCCGCGCAUGGCAAGCCCUUGGAGGCUUGACUGCCGAUCUGACGUGACAAGACUCAUGCGCUACUCACUUCCACAUCGUGACGUGCUGAAAAGUUUCCGUCUCACGCAUGAAGGCUAGCAGUUUAGCACCAGUCAAAGGGCGGUUGUUUCGCAUUUGCACCAAAGAUUAAGCAGCCUUUAAACCUUCUCCUUCAAAGCUUUAACGAAUUCAAAUCAAGUCUCUUUCAAAAGAAUGGCGACUAUCGGCACCUUGGCCAACCGGAGUCGUCUCGCUCUCGAUGAUAAUGCGUAUAGCGUCUGGUUGGCUGUCUUUGUCUUGUUUCUUACCUGGUGGCUCCUGCAGCUUGUUCUGUACGGCAUGCGCGCCGUAAGAGCUCGUAGCGAGCCUUCAGUACAGCUUCCUAUUCUAGAAGAAAUUGAACGGCCGGCUAGAGAUACAGAAUGGCUCGGCAAGGUGGAGGCAGCACGGAAGGCUGCUCGUGAUACAUUUUUGAUGCUUUUCCCUGCCGCCGUGCUUAUUACGGCAGUGGGUGGCGACUAUACGCUGACUGUUCUCACCUGGGUCUUUUUCCUGCUUGCAAUCUUCUGGCAGCUUGGAGCUCUCGCUACGGAAUCACCAAGCGUCCACGCUGCGUUCACCUUGCUGAGCCUUGCCCUUUUGAUUGGAAUUUUUGUGCUGGCUUUGAAGCGUGCCCCGUAGAGUGUUUGGGUGUGACUGAGGUUCUUUCAUUGGUGUUAUCGAUAAAUUGCAGGUGAAAUGCUAGCUCUAGUUGGAAUUCUUGCUGGCGAGUUUUUGCACAAGCCAUUUGAAUAUAUUGUAUCACUGUUCUCCGCGA